UGCAGCUCAGUUGCCCAAAAGAACACAUCCUUUCAUUUCGUGGGUUUUUCACAUUAGUUCACUUCAAUUACGUUGUAUGGUUGAAUCCCUUGCUUAGGGUUUAUUUCUUCAAAUUCAGCUUUUCGUCAAUUUCAUCAUCAUCUUCCUCUCUGAUUCUGGGAUCUUAAGAUGGCGUCGAACGGAGGGGGAAAUGGAGAAUUCAGUUUUGAUAGCAAGAGGAAAAGUGGAUUACCUAAGAUCCAGACACAGAAGACAGAUGAUGAAAACGUUGUUUGCCAUGACGACAGUGCUACGCCUGUGAAAGCUCAGACGUUGGAUGAGUUGCAUUCUCUUCAGAAGAAGAAAUCUGCACCCACUACACCCAUCAAGUCCCCUCAUGUUUUCGGUGGCGUUGCCGUUUCUGAAGAAGAACGCCAGACACAACAGCUCCAAUCCAUUAGUGCAUCAUUGGCGUCUUUGACACGAGAGACAGGACCAAAAGUAGUGAGAGGAGACCCUUCAAGGACGGAAACGCCCAAGGUGCAAAAGCCGGCUCACCACGUACACCACACCCCUGUCCUUAACAUUAGUGACAGUGGCCUCAAGUUCACUCACAUUCUCUACAAUCUCUCUCCUGCUGAGCUGUAUGAGCAAGCAAUCAAGUAUGAAAAGGGAUCAUUCAUCACGUCAAGUGGUGCUUUGGCCACACUUUCCGGAGCCAAAACAGGGCGUUCCCCUAGAGACAAACGUGUUGUUAGAGAUGAAACUACUGAGGAUGACCUUUGGUGGGGAAAGGGCUCACCCAAUAUCGAAAUGGACGAGCAGACUUUCUUAAUCAACAGAGAAAGAGCUGUUGAUUACCUAUGCUCUUUGGAGAGGGUGUACGUGAAUGAUCAGUUCCUCAACUGGGAUCCAAACAACCGUAUCAAAGUUAGAAUUGUAUCUGCCAGAGCCUAUCACUCCUUGUUCAUGCACAACAUGUGUAUCCGACCCACUCCAGAAGAGCUGGAGGAUUUUGGUACUCCGGACUUCACAAUAUACAACGCUGGUCAAUUCCCAUGUAACCGUUACACCCACUAUAUGACUUCCUCUACUAGCAUAGACAUCAAUCUUGGUAGGAGGGAAAUGGUCAUCCUUGGCACACAGUAUGCUGGGGAAAUGAAGAAAGGUCUUUUCGGCGUAAUGCACUAUCUAAUGCCUAAGCGCCAAAUCCUCUCUCUACACUCUGGCUGCAAUAUGGGAAAAGAAGGAGAUGUAGCCCUCUUUUUUGGAUUAUCAGGAACUGGGAAGACAACACUGUCUACUGAUCACAACCGAUACCUUAUUGGAGAUGAUGAACACUGCUGGAGUAAUCAUGGUGUCUCAAACAUUGAGGGAGGUUGCUAUGCCAAAUGCGUAGACCUUUCAAGGGAGAAGGAGCCUGAUAUCUGGAAUGCCAUCAAGUUUGGCACUGUGCUGGAAAAUGUGGUUUUCGAAGAACAUACCCGAGAAGUGGAUUAUGCAGACAAAUCAGUGACAGAGAACACCCGGGCAGCAUAUCCGAUCGAAUACAUCCCAAAUGCUAAAAUACCAUGUGUUGGUCCUCAUCCAAAGAAUGUCAUUCUCCUUGCAUGUGAUGCAUUUGGCGUGCUUCCACCAGUCAGCAAAUUGAACUUGGCACAGACAAUGUACCACUUUAUCAGUGGCUACACAGCUUUGGUGGCAGGAACUGAGGAUGGUAUUAAGGAGCCUACAGCAACAUUUUCAGCAUGUUUUGGUGCAGCAUUUAUCAUGCUUCAUCCAACAAAAUAUGCAGCCAUGCUGGCUGAGAAGAUGCAGAAACAGGGAGCUACAGGAUGGCUUGUGAACACUGGCUGGUCAGGUGGAAGUUAUGGAUCAGGCAGCCGAAUUAAGUUAGCUUACACAAGGAAGAUCAUUGAUGCCAUCCACUCCGGGGCGCUUUUGAAAGCGGAAUACAAGAAGACCGACGUAUUCGGGCUGGAGAUUCCAACUGAACUUGAGGGAGUACCUUCCGAGAUUCUGGAUCCUGUGAACACUUGGCCCGACAAGAAGGCCCACAAAGAUACCCUGUUGAAGUUGGGAGGCCUCUUUAAGAAGAAUUUUGAGGUGUUCGCUAACUACAAGAUUGGAACUGAUAGCAACCUGACUGAGGAGAUCCUGGCAGCUGGUCCAAACUUCUAAUUGAAGAAGAAUUUGCCUGAAGUGAUGGUUGGGGAAAAUAUGAUCAUAUAUAGAGAAAUAAGAUAGCCAGAAAACAUAUGUAAUAUUAUUCGUGUGCUACAUUUUAUGUGUAAUUUGCCAGGAAGGAGUUUCACAUCCAUGAGUCAUUGUUUCUUUUGUUUCCGUUUCUGGGGUUGUGUUUGUUUUCUGGUGAGGUUGAGGCGGAGGUUGUAUUUGUAACUUAAUUCACUUGUGCUGUAAUAUCUUCAGUCAAUAAUGAAAGCUUCAUUCCCAACUA